AUGUUGUCACUAAACACCCUUUUCCUCACGCUCGUUGCCAGCGCCAGCGCGCACAUGAUAAUCACAAAGCCUGUACCUUACGGCCAGGCCUCUCUCAACAAUUCUCCUCUUGGACCCGGCGACUUUCCCUGCAAGCAACGUCCCGGCGUAUACGACAUCACUGAGAUGAAUCAGUGGAACGCUGGAGAGACCCAGGACAUCAACUUCAAAGGCUCUGUUGUACAUGGGGUCCUCAACCUGGAAAGUCAUUCAUAG